AUGGCUUCUAAAAUCCCAGCACUUUCUAGAAUGAAGACCGAGAUGAGUGAGCCUGUUCUCAAAGGCAAAAAGAAGCAAGUGGACACCUCGAAGCCUCCUUCUAAAUUUUCCAAGCAACGCCUGGUGCAUGCCAAAGCAUCCGCUCCUUACCUGAAGUCAAAAAAUGCCACCGAAUCGGUGCCUGAGACUCCGAAGCAACAGCUGCGGAACCCAUCAUCUGCGCCUGGCUUCAAGGGUCAACGCUCCGAGCCCAACCUGAGAAGAGUUGCAUCUACACGCUCCGCCAAGUACUCGAAGUCAUCUCAUUCUCCGCUCAAUGCGCCUAGGGUUCCGGGGCUUCCUCGAUCAAAGUCAAGUUGGACCUUGGGAGGCUCAGAGAAAAAGGGUGUGCCACGCUUCAUGUCCUCGGAGCACGCUAGAAGCAUCAGAUCGGUUCGGUACAACCCCCCUCCAAAGACUGGAGAGUUCAAGUUGCCCACCAUCACGGGGUGCACUCCGACUAGGUCAAGAUUUCCAGAGCUUGAACCGAAGCAUGAGACACGUUCUGAGAGGAUGAUCAAAGCCAUCCGAGACCCCAAGGGCAUGAUGGUGACAAAGUACAAAGGCGCAAUGAAGCAGUUGUCGGGAAUGGAGAUGCUGAAGAAGAUGCACAAGUGUCUCAAUACCAUCAAGCCGGGGGGUUCAAGACACGUCGAGGCUCGUUGGAUUCCACUCAUUGAAAAGCCGCUCUACCAACUGAGAGCAAUCAAAAGGGCUUCGACGCUUCUCACAAUGCCUAGGUCUCAGCCCACUCUGACUAUUGCUCAAGUUGAGCGCAUGCUGGAAGCAAAUAGACAGCGACUUUCUGUUGGGACUACCAUGAGUAGAAGAUCAUCAGUAUACUCCGAUUCAGUUGAGAAUAUCGCCGAGGGCCCGGGGGUUGAACAAGGGCCCGCGGAUCAACAGGGGUCAGCCAUAGUGAAUGAAGAGGAGGCAGACGAGGACCGCACAGUGCGCGAGUCUUUACUUCUCUUUCGCGAGUGGCUGGACUUCUUGCAAGUAACUGCAAACCCAUUCGCUGAGGACGAAGAUUUCACUUCCCCAGCAAUCCCUCUCACCUCCCCACAACACUCCUCUUCUUCACUUCCUCUCACCCACGACACCCUUCAAUCUCUUCAAAAUCUCUCUUUCCCCGACGAAGAUCGUUCUAAUUCUGCAUCCCCUACAUCUUCUGACAUCACUAUCACCCCUGCUAACGCACAUACCUUUCUCAAAAUGUCUUCCUCUUCAAAACCCGCUUCUCACGACCCUUUUGUCGACUCCACUGAAGUCAACUGCACCAAGGCAGGUAACGGAAACAUCGAGUCCUCUCACCCAACCGUUAUGAAACAGGGCACUGCUAAAGCAGGAGAAAGCUCAGCCACUAGGAAGAGUGAACCCCGUAACUUGAAGGCCUUGAGCUACCGACCUGGCAACGAGUCAGACACCAACACCCCUCACGCACCUCAUCAGGCCAAGGACACUAAAGUCCGGCCAUCUUCUCGCAUCCCCCGGGGCCCUGCCAAUAUGCAGACACAGAUGCCGCCAUCGAGCGAACAGAAAGAAGCGCGAGCUACCUCGGGAUCUCGCAGCUCAAUCCCCCUUAUCAGCCGCAUCCAUGGUGCUGAGCAGAUGAGAAGUGCUAGUAAUGUGCCAGUCGGAAGCUUCUCCGGAAGCAUCAGAGUCGUUGAAAGACCCCGUGGCCCACGUCCCCAGAUCGCGGGAGAGUGGGCCGAUCCUAAGAUCGAAAUGCCGGAGCCCAUGUCCUCAUCGUAUGGAGAAGAAGGUGAUCUGCAGAAGCCCCCAACCGUCUUUACUGGGGAGUAUCGCACUCGCAAAUUUCCAAAAUCUGCAUCAUGCUUGGACGCGCCCAAGCUCAAGAUAGCUUCCUCUGCCGAACAAGUGCUCAUGGGCGAGGACACCAAGGGCGGCGACGAAGCUGAUACCCAACGCUCACACCCGGCCCUUGAGCACUCCGAUCCUCUCGAGUGUCUUCAGAAGGAGAUCAAUGAUGAUGAUGAUGAUGAUGACGAUACCCCUCGCCCCUUGCCAGCAACUCUGGCCUUUCACAAUCAGUCGGCCGAGCAGACUCCCGCGACGCGCAACUUCUGCCGACCCCAUCACUUUGGCGGCAGCCUCCGAAGCAACCCAGUCACGCCCACUCAGAAGCCACUUGGAGCAUUCUCUGACGACAUCGGCAAUGGAUAUCCCUCGACCUCUCGCAUCGCCUACCGCAGUUCAUCCAUGCAGGCCGUGGCCGAUUUCCCCCUGCAUCCAAAGGUAGCCAGUGCCAUCGACUUGAGCCAGAAGCAAGACAUCGGUCAGGACAAUCUCGCAGUCAAGGCUUCGGGCCCGGCCCAAGCUGGAGGACGCAGAUUCGGAAACAUCCGAAACAUCUUCAAGUCGACCAAGGGCAACGAAAAGGCACGCGGUCGAAGAGAGGAGAACGAGGCACCCGGCGCUGCCAGCAAGGAGGCAGUGCCCGAAACCAUCAAGGCCCGGGCUAAGCGCAACGUGAAGAUCUCCCCGGCCCAAAUCUCACCUCCCAUGCCCAUGACAGAAGAGGAGAGCCGCUCAUUCGCGCGAGCCACCACAUUGACGCGCACGAGGGCCGAGCCUCCCCGUGACGGACGUAUUCGUCGGGCCAACCUGGCAGCAAUGUCCACGGGCAGCCCCCAGGGCCGCGGGGCCUAUCGACGCUCGCAGGCCAUGAUGGUCCGGGACGGGGCAGACGCGGCCAUCGAGGGGCUCAUCGCCAAGGCCCGGGGUGCGGCAGCACCCGGCAAGAGGGAGGAAUACCUCCGAUUGGCCCUCCGGCUGCAGAAGCAGCUGGACGAGUACAAGGAGGCAGAGCGGGCAGCGGUGGAGGCGUCGGCCUGGGCCGCUAACAAGCGGUCCGCAAAGGCUGACGCCGAAGCCGUCUUGCUCGCUGCUGCCUCCGAGGCGAUGGGCCAAUAG